AUGGCGUUUGGGCUCACUAUCGGCACGGAGCGUGCAACUGCGCUUCAGAAUGCCAUCCGAGACGAGCUAAUGAAGCGAGGGUUUAGCCCCGAUGCCGACCCUGUUAUGGCGGAGUACAUCACCAUUAUGAUCAUCAACAACAAAACACCAGCCCAGAUAUCGUCGGAACUGGAAGACUUAAUUGGGUCAGACUUCGAUGCUAGCUUUGUCGACUGGCUCUUCGCCGAAGCCGCUAAAGGCGCCCCUGCGUCCGAGGCUCCCGCUGUAGCAGAACCCUCCUCCUCAACCCACCCUCCCGUACGCGAUUCACCUCCCCAUCAAGCCCUUGACACGCAACGGAGACCGCCAAACGGCCUUCGUGCGACCGCGCCCAUCUACCAGUCUGCUAUCGCCCAAGCUCUUCCAUCCACCUCCCCAUCCGCCCAGAAACGCACCGCAUCUGCCCGUUCCCCCUCUCCCAGCGGCGGCCCACCUUCAAAGUCACGACGUACAGACCUCCCCACAGGCCCUCGUGCAAUGUUCCGUGAUGGUCCUGGUGGACAUGGUCCCGGCGGUGGCAACUCGCGCAGUCUCCUGGACCGAGUCGGCCCUGCAAGAGGCGGUCACGGCCAAUACAAUCCUCAUGACGACGUACAGGCACGCAUUGACAGCAUCACGAACGGCCCGCCCGACCCCAACAUGAUGAUGAUGAACGGCGGGUUCCCCAUGAACGGCAUGCCGGGGAUGGACAUGAACGCGAUGAACAUGGCGAAUCCGAUGAUGCUGCAGGAGAUGAUGAUGAGCCAAAUGGCGAUGAUGGCGCAAAUGGCAGGCGCGAUGGGUAUCCUGCCGCAGGGACCCCAGUUCAUGAACGGUGGGAUGCCGAUGCAACCCGGGAUGGGUGGAGAUAUGGGCGGGUUCAACGGGAUGCAGGGUGGCAUGCCGCACGGAGGUCCGGAUAACAGGGGCCGCGGGCGAGGACGCGGAGCUGGCCGAGGAACAGGUCGCGGACGGGGUGGCCAUGUUGGUCACCACUCCGAGGGACCGUCAAGCAAUGGCGUACCAGCGUCCGGCCCUACGCCACACCCUCCCGCGCCAACACCGGCGACCGCGACCACGUCGGCGCCUGUGAUCGCUGCCCCCGCGCCCAUUACGGCGUCCACGUCCACGGGAUCUACGCGCGGUGGUUUCGUCGCCCCCGAACGUCCUCAGUCACCGACGCUAUGCAAGUUCAGCCUGAAGUGCACGAACCCCAUUUGCCGGUAUUCGCAUCCCUCGCCCGUCGCGACGCCGGAGAGCGGUGUCGUGCUCAGCAACGACGCGUGCGAGAACGGCAAAAACUGCAAGGACAAGGAUUGCAUCAAGGCGCACGUCAGUCCCGCAGUGCUUAACCCGAAUGCUGAAGUCCCCAAACCCAACGCAUUCGUUGCGCCCACCCCUCCCGUGCAACAGCAGCAACCGACCGCCGUCCCGUGCCGCUUUGGCGCAGGGUGCACGCGCGCCGGCUGCACCUUCUCGCACCCGCCGCGACAGCAGCAGACCGGCGGCCACUUCGCGCAGCCGUGUCGGUUCGGGGCGGCGUGCACCCGCGCGUCGUGCCCGUUCCAGCACCCGGAGGGCCGCGUGCUGCCGACGACGUUCCACCGCGGGCUCGCACCGUCCGGGGGCAUGGUGAACGUGCCGACGCCGGAGACGGGCUCCAUUGGCGCGCCGAGCCCGCACAAGAGCAUGUCGUUCAAGAAGGCGGACGGCGCGGGGGAGGCAGACGCAGCGGCUGCAAAGGCCGUGCCGCCGCCCACGGCGUCGAGCAGUGCGGCGGACCUGGAGAAGAAGGUGAAGGAGAUGGAGGAGCGCAAGAACGAGGCGCAGAAGGCGAUCGCGGCGGCCCAGGCGGGCAAGAAGGACGACGCGUCGAAGGCUGUCUCCAUCUCCGCAUAACGACGGUGCGCGUUGGAGUGGUCAUGUUGGUCGGUGAAUAGGUGAAUAUGUUCACGUUCCGCGCGUGUAGGAGAAAACGCUCCUUGUCACGGACCGUAUAAGUUAACGCUGUAGUACUCUACUUGAGACCCGAUAUCGACUGCCUGUGCUCGCCCUGUCUUCCUUUGCAACUCCCUACUUACGAAGUCGUACACGUCGACGACCCCAAUUGAA